AGAUUUUCUUCACCAGAACUAGAACAAGAGAGAGAGAGAGUGCGAAACAAAAUUGCAUUCGCAGCAAGAGGCUAUUUUUUCGGGUGUGAAAUCUUGGUGCCGUGCGUGAUAUUCACAAAUUCCCCAGUGACACUGUGUUCGUGGUCGUUACGGUGCAGUGGCAGCAGCAGCAGCUAGCAGAGGCACGGAAUAGCAAAAACAAAACGGUACCCAACAACCAAUUGUGUUUGAGUGUGUGGUAGUGUGUGAUGAAACACGGCUGCUGCUGGCCGUACUGUGCCCGAGAGUGUGUUGUGGUGAUACACGGAUCGUUCGAACCUGCGUGAAUCUGUUCGAUUUUGCUGCUGCUGCUGCUACCUACUUCGCGUGCUUCGAUCGCUCCAAAUCAUCUACCCCAUCGUCGUCGUCGUCGUCGUCGUGUGGUGCUGCGCCUUGGUGCGCGCUGGUAGUGCCCGUAAGGUUACAAACGUGUGUGCUGUUACGUUUGUUGCUUUAUUUGCGUUUUUGCUUUGGCCGUGUGUGCUUACCGUUGCUGGAUGGGCAGGCGGUAGAGGAGUACGGCACACGAGGUUUUGGGGGGAGAAAAAAUCACAAGUGAUUCCACACUCUCUCGCAGCUGUGGUGCAGUAGUGUGGGCUGGCCGUGACCAGACAGCAGCAGGCACACACGAUCCGAACCCGAAGCGUAUAUUGGAAAAUUCAAGUGAAAAAGCGUGUGUGUGUGUGUGUGGUGGUGUGUGCGACUGUGUGCGGGGGGUGGUUUCGUGUAGAAGAAGAAGUUUUUUUUCUCCCCUUCACGACGGUUCCCCACGAUUCGGAACCACAUCUCAUCAUCACAACCCCAAAUCGAAUACGAGUGAAUCGAGCAAAUAUCUGCCGCCAGCAAUAGCGAGGAAUCCGUUGCCAGUGUAGCUCCACUUCCGCGAGUUUCGAAGUGUGUCAAUCAAGUGUGUCGCGCUAGGAAGGAGGGAAUCUUGCGUUGUCCCGUCUCCUGCUUCUCUUCGACCACCGUCCUUUCGGGGGGGGCGAGCGAGUAGAGUGUGUGGGGCCAAGUUCGUACGCGAGCGGCUACGUAAACAGAUCAUCAACCUGAGUGGGCAACGGCAGCAGCACUAAAGCCCGCGUUGUGUGUAGUUCGUGCGUGAAGGUCUUUCGCUGUCGUCGACGUUGCUGUUGUCGUUGUUGUUGCCCCGGAAGUGAGAAUGGAUUCCGAUGACGAAAGCUUCGAGGAGCACGACUCGGGCAAUGUGUCCAGCGGCGAUGACGACUUUGCGAUGGACGUGGACAUCAACAAUCCGCGCGACCGUGGCCAGGAAACGGACGAGUACCCGUACGAUGUGCUGACGACCGACGAAAUCGUUCAGCAUAUGGUCGACUGCAUCAAGGACGUGAACACGGUCGUGGAGAUCCCUGCCACCAUCACCCGAAUUCUGUUGAACCAUUUCAAAUGGGACAAGGAAAAGCUAAUGGAGCGGUUCUACGACGGUGAUCAAGAUAAGCUAUUUAAGGAUGCGCACGUUAUCAACCCGUUCCGUAAGCCGAGUUUAGCACUCAAGCCAAAGAUCAAAAAGUCCAGAACGGAGGAUUGUGAAAUAUGCUACUCAACGUUCCCUCCCAGUAUGAUGACCGGUUUGGAAUGUGGGCACCGUUUCUGUACGCAAUGCUGGCAAGAGUACCUGACCACAAAGAUCGUCGAGGAGGGGCUCGGCCAGUCGAUAGCGUGCGCGGCACAUGGAUGUGAUAUUCUGGUCGAUGAUGUAACGGUAAUGCGAUUGGUGCAGGAUUCGCGAGUCAGACUCAAAUACCAGCACCUUAUCACCAAUAGUUUUGUCGAGUGUAAUCGGUUGUUACGGUGGUGUCCAUCGGCCGACUGUACGUACGCGAUCAGGGUGCAGUACGUCGAUCCGCGACCGGUUGUCUGCAAGUGCAACCACGUGUUCUGCUUCGAGUGUGGCGAAAAUUGGCACGAUCCGGUACAGUGCAAGUUGCUGAAGAAAUGGAUCAAAAAGUGUGAUGAUGAUUCGGAAACUUCCAACUGGAUCGCCGCCAACACGAAGGAGUGUCCGAAGUGUAAUGUAACAAUAGAGAAGGACGGUGGCUGUAACCAUAUGGUAUGCAAAAAUCAAAACUGUAAACAUGACUUCUGCUGGGUAUGUCUCGGAUCUUGGGAACCGCACGGUUCGUCCUGGUACAACUGCAACCGAUACGAUGAGGAUGAGGCGCGUGCGGCGCGUGACGCUCAGGAGAGGUUGCGUUCAACGUUGGCAAGAUAUCUACAUUACUACAAUCGCUACAUCAACCACAUGCAGUCGCUUAAAUUUGAACACAAGCUGUAUGCGGCGGUAAAGGAAAAGAUGGAAGAAAUGCAGCAGCAUAACAUGUCCUGGAUUGAGGUCCAAUUCCUGAAGAAAGCCGUAGACAUUCUCUGCCAAUGCCGCCAGACACUGAUGUGCACUUACGUGUUUGCCUACUAUCUGAAAAAGAACAACCAGUCGCAGAUCUUCGAGGAGAAUCAGAAAGAUUUGGAAACGGCCACGGAAACGUUAUCCGAGUACUUGGAGCGUGAUAUUACGUCGGAAAAUUUGGCGGACAUAAAACAGAAAGUACAGGACAAGUAUAGAUACUGCGAGAAGCGUCGGAAAGCGUUGCUGGACCACGUACACGAAGGCUAUGAGAAGGAUUGGUGGGAGUACACCAUCAACUGAUGCUGUUGUUGUGUGCAAUGGGAGAGACAGAGAGAGAGAGAGCGAGAGUUGGCGAGUUUCUGAUCUGAUGAAGCGUUCGAAUGCGCGCGCGAGGACAGCUUAGAUAUCGUGGUUUGGGUAGGUUGUGUUUGGUGAUGUACCACAGCACGAUACGAUCGUAAUGGCCGCACGCUUUUAGGCCACCCCGCGGCCAAUUGUCCCCAUAAAUUUGGGAAAGCAACUGCGACCAACUUUAACUGCCCCCCCUUCACGCUCCCGGAGAAAGAAGCUACAAACAAAAACAAAAAAAAACCCCGAACAAGCCUUCUUCGCUCGUAAACAACAAAUCCGCGGUGCUUGCUGUGAGGAACGCUGUGUUUAAAUUAUAGCCGAUGAAGAUUUGUAUAGCCAAAGUAGGUUUUGUUAUCUACCGCCCGGUCGUAGUAGAAAGAUGCGAGAAAGCGCGUGCUGACGACAGUUUGCAGAAAUUGCAUCCGCCAGAUUGACGACGACGACCACUGCUGCUGCUGCUGCUGCUACUGGCCCUGCUAGGUGUUUUAGUUAGCUCGAUUGAGGCAUUGAGAGAGAGAGAGAGGUUGAAGUGCAUAAAAGGCAACAACAAACCCCCCACUAUAUCCACUGUUGUUUAGUCGUGUACUGCACACCAACACACGCGCGGACACGUAACUAUGAUAGGGACCCUCGGUAAGCGCCGCCCUAGGCUAGCUAGUUGUGCAAAUGUAUCGUGCGCAGUCUGGAGUGUUUUCGUUUUACCAAGAACAAUACAUCGUGGAACAAAUAUGAAAUACUAAACCAAAAACUCACACACCGCCAGCAUGAGUUUUGUUGCAGGUUUUGUUAAACUUUUGCCACGCACGCGCACGCAGGGCGGCGCAAGGAUACAACGAGAGACACUGGCUGGCGCGCUCACUACUGCUGGCCUUUCCCUAGCGCGUUGUAACGUGUGUGUUUUGUCCCGGUUUUGCUGGAGUUAUUUCCUUUUUAGUAUUUGUUCGGGCGUCUGUACUUGUGCUUGUUGUGUGCUGUAGUGGUUGUAAACCAAAAAACGAAGCGACGAAUUCUUCUCGACAAUUUUGCUUGCCUUUUCUUUGUGUGUGUGUGCGUUGUUUUUUGUUUGUUUUGCUUUCUUUAGUUUAUCAUCGGCAUAAGGUAGAAAAGUUAACCAUUAAGUGAAGAAACCGCCACUGGUGAAUCCCGCAACCCCUCUCUUCAUAACAUCCAUCUUGCCAUCCAUCUGUUUUCCCGAUCGCAAACAGAAACACACCGAGAACCUAUUCGAACUUACUUUGCAGUAGUGUGGGAAAGCUUUGAAGUGUGAUAAUAAUAAAACAAAGGAUUCGGACGGUAUAAAUCGGUAAUUUGGCAUAAAGGGUUUUUGUUUUUGGUUGUUUUUCUUUUGCCUUUUUUUUUGCUCGAUCCUUUGAUGCGAGUCCAUGCCUGCCAGAAGAACCAAUCGAUCGUGCGAGCGAUCAUUAGUCAGAGUCUUACGCUUUGCUACUAAUCGUUUGAAUGAGUUAGUGGGCUUGGAAGGCUCUUAGUUUGCUAUACAGCAUAGCUGUCGAUUAAUCUACUUAUUCGUACGUUUGCCUAUGUUAAACUGCUUUUUGUUUCAUAAUUUUGUUAUUCGGCAAUGGACGCAGGAAAGUGUCUCCUUAGGUUUGUUAAACAUUUAGAAGAAUUCUAGUGCUGAAUCAUCGGUAGAUCGGCAAACCCUUUUUGAUUGUGUGUGUGCGGACAUGAGCGGUGGAGUGCUGGUUUAUACCAAACUGUACAUAGUGACCUCACUGUUGUCCCAAGGAGGUUAACCCGCACAGAUGUGUAAAAAUAUAUUUCAAACAAGAUGAUAUAUUAACAGAACCGUAAAAGUGGUGCAAGCAGGUUCUUCAAUGCUAAACCUCUGUCGGCCGGAACGAACUCAUAGAACAAGCAGUAUAUAUAUAUGAACUUUGUUGACUAUAUUGGAUGGGGCCGAAGAGACCGUUACGAGUGCGUGCAUAGUAUAAAACACACACAAGAGCCAGAAGCUAGCAGCAUAGCAAAGCCGACAACACACAAGCAACAGAAAAGAGGACGAAAGCGUGGGCGCGCGUUUGUACUACUAGGUGGUGUGGUAUGUGUAUAGAGAGAGAGCGUCGGAUUAACGAUUAACACUUUGUGUUAGUGGAACCAAGCGAACUAAGCGACGGAUUAGCAAAAACAAAAAAAAAAACAGAAGAGAAAAAUACUAAAAACGAGAAGAAAACGUAAACAUUAGCAGGAGUUUAAGAGAAAGAGUGAUGAAAGAGAGAGAGAGAGAGAGAAAAUAUACAUAUAUAGAAAGAGAGA